AUGUUGAUGCUGAUGUGGAUUACAGUGGUGCUUUUUUACAAAACUGUAGAUCCAGCACAGACAAAUGCUGUUAAUCAGCCAGACUCAGUGAUCACUGCUACUGUUGGUGAUAAUGUUACUCUGCUUUGCUUUCUGCUGAAUAAGGAUCGCACUGAUCCCAUCGUUUGGUACAAGCAAACAGCAGGACAAGAACUUUCUUUAAUUGCCACAGUUCAAAAUGAUCCCAGCUAUGAAAAAGAUUUUAAAUCUUCCAGGUUCAAUAUAACAAAAAAAGAAAAAGAGAGCUGCCAUUUAAGUAUUGCCAAUGUUAAAAUAUCAGAUGAAGCCAAUUAUUACUGUGGCUCUAUUAACUAUUUGACAUAUUUUGGAAAAGGAACAUUUUUAUCAGUGAGAGAUGUGCAUGAGUUAAAAGUCUCAGUAUCUCAGAAUGCUGUAACUGCUGGAGAGUUGGUAAAUCUGCAAUGUUCGGUUAUUUCUGAGAGCAGAACAUCAGAACUUCGAGUGCUCUGGUUCAGAUCUGCUGCACCACAAUCACGUCCUCAAAUCAUUUACACUAAUCACAACAGCAGCGACCAGUGUAAGAACAGCUCUUCUACAUACACCUGUGUGUACAACUUCUCCAAGAACAUCCUCACCCUCAGUGAUACUGGUACCUACUACUGUGCUGCGGUCAUGUGUGGAAAAAUGAUUAUUGGGAAUGGAACAACAGUACAGCUGGAAAAAUCGGUUGAUCCCUUAAUGAUCUGCCUUGCUGUAGCACUGGGAGUAUGUGUAUGUGUGAUUGCUGUUCAAGUUGUUUUAAACUGUAAAAGAAGAAACUAUGAACAAUGCAGGGAAACAAUAACUGUGACAGAGAAGACAUCUGAUCAGGGUCACAAUGCUGCGGGGCUGAAUUAUGCUGCUUUACAUUUUAGUAAAGCAAAAAACAAAAGUCAAAGAGUAAAUCAACAGAAAGAUACUGUGUAUUCUGAAGUUAAACAUUCCACUACUCCUUAA